UCCGAAACGUCUUGUUCGAGUGCGAGGCAUCGUGAUAUAUUUACGCGAACGGGGAGACUCCGGUAGAAAGGAUGGCAUCGGUCCAGCAACCACGUUACUGAAAUAGAUUUCGGCGCUGGUAAUGCAACGGGUCCUCCUCGUAGGCAAUGAAUAGCGGCAAGAAGAUCAGUAGCGCGUCGGCCAGUUCCCGAGGAAAAACCGGAGGUACCCGACUCCGCGAGCUACACAUGAACAAUCCGGGAGCUGAAAAAUGGCGGCCCAUGGCCAUUUCGAAUCCAUCUACUCGAUUGCGUAUGGCACGGACCAUGCCUCAUUGGGUAUUGGCACAACAACAGAAGGAUGCAGAGGAGCGGAAGGAACGAAUACCAACGCCACCGAAGGUACCACCACCAUCGCUCUCCGGAGACUGUGGUGACCCAGACUAUGAGAUCAUCGAAUUCCCGAUUCGUGGAACACCCCAGAAAACGACACCAAUAUCGACCGACCUAACAUCCAUUACGAAACAUAGCAAAUGUGCUUUAUGCGGCACCGAGAACGUUUUCGCACGAUGCGACACCUGCAAAGAGAAUUAUUGCGAAGCUUGUGACGACAUGAAUCAUAAACAUCCCAAGAGAAAAGCUCACGUUAGACGGAGGAUCGUGACCGAGACAGCAGCAAAGAACAGACCACCUUUGCCACCAAAAGGUGAAAAUCUAGGUGGUCCACCUCCUGUACCACCACCGAGAAGAAAUCGCAAGAGCUCUCAGGCCAAACUCACGCAGAAUCAAGGAGCUACGAAUCGAUCAUUGAUCGAGAAACCAGGAAGUACGAAGCGUGAACUUUCCAACGCUAGUGGAUCAUCGUCGGCGUCUAGGGAGACAAAUUUUCAAGGAUCGAAGAUAACGCGAUCAACGAUUAACACCACGAUCGAAGGAUCGGGAUCGGGUACCGACAAAAUGUCUACCUUACAGGAAAGAUACAGGAGAUAUCAGGAAGCAAUGAGAGCACAAGAUGCAAAUCGACGAAGACGUACACCAUCGGAUGCUUCGUCGAGAGAAACCACAAGUCCCAGGCCGGUUAGCAUAGGGAGUUCUAAAGCUACGCCGCCUUUACCACCUCCACCACCUCCAAGAUCUAUAAUACAAUCGACCAGCGUGUGCGAUCUCACGACACCACCGCAUAUGUGGAAUCUUGGAAUGCAUCAGGCACAAUCGAUGGCACAGUUAGGUCCCGGUGGAAUGCCAAUGAUGUGGUACUCGCCGAACAAUCCCUGGGACGCUUCGUCAAUGAGUGCUUCGACCUUGAGUUUAAAUCAUCCAGCUUUAUGGGCAUACCCCAUGGGAUAUCAUCCGUCUCAAAUGUUACCACCGCAUUAUCCGGGAACUUUGUCGAGACCGCACAGUCCAGCGAGGAGUAUAAAAUCUAGCAGAAGGUCCAGGGCACCCUCACCAUCUCCAAGUAUAAAAUCAAGAAAGUCUAUCGUCUCGAGAUCGAGAUCGAGAAUAUCACCAGGAUCGCCAUCGGAUGCUAGCUCCGAAGAUUCCGAGGAAUCUGACUUCGACGAUAGACUUUCUCGAGGAUCGAGAAGUAUCAGACGAGGUAGCGUUCCAAGAAGUAUCAGACAAAGAAGUUAUCAGGAUAACGAUGGUUCUAGAACUUUACUUUCUCGACCUCGUCGAGAGAGACUAACGUCGGAGGAUAGGAUGACCAGUACGGAGGAACAAUGGUCUGAAAAUCAAUCGACCAGACGGUACUCGAUGUCCUCGAGAGGUUACGAGGACUCUCGAAGGAAUACAAUCGAUUCUCGCCUUCGGAACAUCGAAAAUGGGACUUACCACGAUCAACGACGCGAACGUCGACGACGUAAAAGUACCGACGAGGAACUGUCCGAUCGAAAAUCUAAUCCAACAGCUAGAACGAGGAUCACAAGUUCCUCCGACGAUCAUUUCGAACGGACGGAAAAACGUUCGACGUUAUACGACGACGAAAUCCUUUCGACGAAGAGACAAUCUUUAAGAGGCGAAGACGAUUCGAGGAGAUCUAUCUCGCAGAGAGCUUCGAGAAUGACUAUGGCCGCCGAGGCGGAAAGACAAGCUCUAGAUUCAACCUUGAAAAGAGAAAUAGAAAAUGAUACCUCGGAACGUCUUUCGUCGCGUUCUAUACGAAACGCCACAACGGAUGUCGAGGAAUUGCGUAAAAGGGAACAACGAAUUCAGGAGCAAAAUAUAAUCUCGUCGAAGAGAAUAUCGUCGUUUAAAAGAGAGGACUCGUUGGAUAAGAGUGAACGAUCUUCGGUACACCGUAGCUCGAGGAGGUCUUCCAUCGAAACGGAUACAAAUCCAAAUUUAAAAAGAUUAUCCGCACGUGAAAUAUCCCGAACAAAGGAGGACGACGAUAGGAGUUUAACGAGCAAUAAAAAAGAAUCGAGCAUAGAUCGGGACUCUCAAAUAUCUCGAAAUAACGAAUCGAUUCAAAUCAAAGAGAAGAAAAUCUACGUCGAAGAUAACAAUGAGUCGUUCAAAGGAUCGAAAGAAAUAGUAAAUGCGUUGAAGAAAAAUUCUCCUACGUAUAAAAAAGGUACGAUCGAAUUACCAACUGACGAAUGGUCCUGCGAGCACUGUACUUUCAUUAACAAAAUCACCGAACGCGUUUGCGUAAUCUGCUGCAAAACCAGAAGCAGUGCUCUACCUUCGAACGAGACGGAUGAUCCCGAUCCCAACAUAGAAGAUAUUCAAACAAUCGAUAACGAUAACAAACAAGUGUCGGGUUCUACCGAGGAUCCUAAUCUCGAUUUGGAGAAGAAAACAAAUCAUUUGAAAAUCUCGAAUAGCGAAGAAAGUGGUGACAGUGGAUCGACAAAGAACAAAGGUAUAAGCCUAGCAGAAAGUUCGACGGAUAUGCAUGACGUUAAAUUAUCCGAAGCAUCGACCACGUCCGAGAAAAAAGACGAAGAAACUUUGACAUCCUCGACACCAACAUUAUCCUUAUCAAAAGGAAUUAAUCCUGAAGAUAUCGAAGAACUCGUAAAACGACCAGAGAUAUCUAAAUCCAAUGAGAGGAUCGAAGAAACUCGUAAAGUUUCAACUGGAACAUCUCCGCCACCUCAAAGUAUCUCCACUCAAACAUACGAUUUCCUUCCACGAGGAGGUAGUGGUUCCCUUCGUAGAUCGAUGUCAACUUCCAAAGGAUUUUUGUCCUACGAGGAUAGCGAGACAGAGGAACCAAACAGAUUUACAAACAGUCCCGAUCUUUAUCCACGAACUAUACACGAACAAUAUCUACGGCAGGCGAUUUCAAGUCAGAGCAGAGAUCGAACACGAAGAAAUUCCAUCGACUCAGCUCAUCUAUAUUAUCGCUCUAGGGAACCUAGCCAACCUAGAUUCAUCGAAGUAGGUCCUAGUACAUCAUCUCAAGGUGUAUCUACGUUGACUCGUCAAGGAUUAGAAAUCGUCGAGCUCUUGCGAGAAGCCGAGAGACAAGGAUAUUCGACUGACGACGUACAGGUGGCCCUAACACAGGGUGCAUCCAAUCCAAUAGAAUGGUUAAAGACGCAAUGGCCUCGUUCGAUCGAAGCCGUUCAAAUUUUGGUAAGCACUCAGGGAAAGGAACAAAGAGAGAAUAAUAUCGGUGUCCUUUCUGUCAACGAAGCGAAGGAUGCUUUAAGAUCGGUCAAAGGUGACGUUUGGAAUGCUGUCACCAUUGCUAUCCAACGUAGACAGCACAAGACCGCAGAAAUUUUAACAAAGGGCAAUUUUACGAUGGCUGAUGUUGUUAAAGCUCUCGAUAACAACGAUGGCAUCGUCGAUGCCGCUUUACUCGAGUUACAGAAAAAUCAAUUGAAGCCAUUUUUAAUGAGGAUCUGGGGUCCUCCGGUCGGGGUCGAAAACGAUGGGGCUGCACCACAAGGAGAUGCGGCUGGUAUAGUUGGUGGUGCAACAAGGAUUCUCGAACAGAUUACCAAUGUAUCGGAUACGGAGGCGAAGAAGCAGGUAAUGUCACCAAUUAUUGACAAUUUCGUCGCAUUGCAGACCGACUUUAGAAAACAGCUGGCGGCGUUAAGACAAAUGACUUAUAAUUGGGAAUACGAGAAAGACCCUCUAAACAACACUCGAGGUAAUAAUUCGGUUGAUUUACUCGGCAGCUCGAACGACGAAGACCCGACGAUCGACGAAACCCUAUUAUCAAGAUCACUAGAAAAUAUUAAUUCAAGUCAAACGAUAGAUGUAGAGAUUGAACAAACGGAUAAAUUAGAAAAUACCAUGGAUGAUAAAGAUAAUCGAUUAGAGAGUGAUAUAAUUGAAUCAAUGGAAAAUAAACAGGAUAACGAUGAUACGAAUAUUAUAGGAAAUAAUGCGGGAUUAACGGAGGAAAAAGAAUUCGAGAUCAAUGACGAAAAUAAAAUAAAAGAAAUAAUUCGUAUCGAUGAAUCGUCGAAGGUAAUAAAAACUCAUGAUGAAGACGAUCGAAAUAAUAAUUCCAAAAAAAAUAUUACGCUGGUGGAUUCAUACGAUGCCGUAGUUACGAAUGAGAAACAUUUCAAUUCUGAAAUUGCUACGGUUACAGAGAAAUCCGAUGAUGAGGAUGUUACGAAAGGGAAUAAAGAAAUGGCGAAUGAGAAUGAAAUAUCGAUGGGCGAUAGGAAUAAGGAGGAUGAAAGGCUCUUUCGUAACGAGACUUUGCCGGAGGAUAAAAAAAAUAUUUCACAAGAGUCCUCCCUUCAACGAGAUACAAAUAUCGUCGAGCAAUCGGAUCUGAAAAUGCAUAAUGACGCUACGGAUCGUACGAUAACAAGAAAAAUAAACGAAUCUAAGAUAGAGAAUUUAUUUACGAACGAACGUUCUACCAUAAACGAGCUUGAUUUAGAAGUAAACGCUGUAUCUCAGUCUAAAACGAUGGAUUUGCUAAUGUCUGCCGUUAAAUCCUUGCCAGAACAAAUGAUAGGUCCUUUCGUAAAAGCUAUGAAAAUGUUAUCGCCCAAAUUGACGACGAUCGAUACCGAUACCGAUGUAAAUGAAAACGAUUAUACCAACCUUGCCUCUAAUUCUCAUUCUGUUCAUUCCGAGUCAAUGAUCGGAGGAAAGGAGGAAGAAAAUGAUAAUGUAAAUGAUCGACCGAUCGAUAUACCUGUGUUAGAUAAAAAGGAUAUUAAAGGUAGAAUUUCUGAAUCCAUCGAUGAAAAUAAAAAGAUUACAACGAUCGAUAGGGCUCUAGAAGAAAUAGAAAUCGAACAAUCAUCUAUGAUCGUACCUGAUAACGAAAAUGAAAAUCAAAAUAUAUCGAAGGCAAAUAACGACAACGUGAAUUUCGAAGAAAAAGAUUUGACGAAUCAACAGAAGGACUUUCGAGCGGUAGGUAUGGAUCGAACUGAAGCUAAUACUCCGCUAACUAACAUAGGACAGAACACGACAAUGGAUAAAACUGCAAUCCCUUCGGACGUAUCAUUAACAAACGCAUAUCAUUACGAGCUGUCAUUGAAUCAUGAUUUUCAAUCACGAAUGAUAGCCGAUACAUACGUGGACAUGCAUUCUGAAAUCAUUGGGGAUAAUGAAAACAUGAAUACGGAAUUGAUAGAUCUACAUGAUAAUUUUUCAAUGACGGAAAGAGCACACAUAGAAAGUAAUAAUAAUUAUAAUGAUAAUGAUGAUAACAAUGAUAAGAGAGAUAGAGAAUCGAUGAAACUAGACGAGGAACUAUCGAAUGUAACUUCACGUAUAAUCAAUGAACAUUCCAAUGAUCAAUCGCAUCUAAUUAAUACAUCAAUGAUCGAUGGAUCCAUAAACAUAAUAUCAUUUUCAAAGGAAGCAAAUAACACUUCCAUUGAUUUCGCAUUAUCCCAUAAUCCCAUGAUCGACUUAACGUUUGAUAACAAACAUAAUGAUGCAGAAUCAUCAUCGACUAAUGACAAAUCAAUUGAUAUUCUAGAUUCAUCUAUUCGUAACGAUAUUCAUUCUAACGAUUCUAGUAAUUUGAUCGAACUUAAAGAUGAUUUAAUCAUCGACGUGCCGAUAUUAACGCCAAUGAAAAUAUCUAAUGAUAAUCAACGAUCGAUUUUAAUCGAUAUUUUCGAAAUCGAUAAAGAAGAUUUACAGAGUAAUAUUUUAAAAGAUUCGAUCGAUACUAAUUCGUUUAAUCGAUCGAAAUUUGACGCGCCUUUUUUAAAUUUCAAUCCUAAACUCGUCGACGAAUCGUGCGAAUUUUCAUCGCGAUUAGAAUCAAAAGAUCUUUUAGAUUCGAAUAAUAAUACGCCAGAAAGUUUAUCCAAUUUGUCAUCUUUAAAUCAAAUCAAAUCAAAUGCAUCUAAACUUUUGAAUAUCGAACAAAUAAAAACGAUAGAGAAGACCGAUGAUAAAUCGCGCGUAACGAAAGGUGAAAACGUUGAAAUUAUUAGCGAAAUUAUUUUAUCGCCGUUAUUAAAUGACAUACAGACAGUUCGCGACGAUCAAAAACUUUCUUACGAGGUACCGUCGUUCCUUGAAAACUUGAAUCUCAUCGAAUCGCCGCCUCGAGUUUUUUUAGAAUCGAAUAUUAAUGACAUCUCGGCUGGUAUUAUCGAAAUAAACAUAUCCGAAUCUCCGAUUAUAGCUGUAAACGAUUGCGCUCCGAUCAAAGAAAUAGAAAAAAUUAAUUCCGCAUUGGAAAACAGGAAGAAAAUCGUUGAUAAGAUUAAGGAGGAACCGAUCGAUGAUUUAAACGUUAACAUUUCCGAAAAGAUUAAAUCCAAUGGCAUUGAUAAAAUCGAAACGAAUUUAAUUGAAUCGAUUGAUAGUGCGACAAAACUAACGAGAGGUGAUAUUAUUAAAGAACGAUCUAAAUCGCCGGUAAAAAAAGUAAGUAGAAGAAAAUCACCAGUUAAGAUCAUAAAGAGAGCUAAUACGCUUCUACCUAAAAAGAUCUCGACAAAAAUCAACGUUCUUCCGAGAACCAAUGCUCUUGUGAAAGCGAAAAACGCAGCCGCUGAAAUAAUGAAGAAACCGAUCGGUUUGAAAAGUAUUACAAAGAUUGAAGACGCACGAUCGAAUGGAUCCAUCGAACAUAUUAAAGACGAUCGCGUUAAGAGAUCAGAGAAUACAAUAAAAUCGAUAAAAUCAUCGAUCGAUAAUGAAAAGAGAUCUGCGAGCUCCACGAAUCAAAGAUCGAUCGAAUCGACGUUUGUACGAUCUAAAGAAACGACGAAUAUCAAGGACGAAAGAAUAGAAUUCGAAAGAGAUGAGAGUGUCGAUAAAAACAAGUCUAAAGUUAAAUUCAUUUCGAAAAUUCCCAUUUUAACUGGACGAUCCAAAAUGUCAUCUAAAAAUGUGCGAGCUACAGCAUCGAAGGAUAAACCAGUAAAAAUAAAUAAAAUAAUAUUGGGAUCUAUACCAACGAGAUUGCCUGUUGCGAGACAAACAAUUUUAAAAACAAAUCUAAAAGGUACGAAGAUAUCGAAUAUUUUAGAAAAUGUUAAGGAAAAUGAUACUGUCGUUAAAAGAGAAAAAGAAACGAUUAAAAUCAAUCGAACGGUGGAUAAGAUCGACGACAAAAAAAUUGACGUAGAUAACGAUGGAUUUAAUUGUCGAACGGGGAAAGAAAUAUUAGAAAGCAACUUAGAAACUUUAGAGAUCAAAACUGAAAUGGAACGAUCUAAUAACAGUGAUGACGGCGAAUCAGGUUCCGAGCACGAUAACGAAGAAAAUGAAGAAGACGAAGAUGAUGAUGAUGAUGAAGGAGAAGAAAAAGAGGUUUCAGACGUCGAAGAAUCCAGUUCGGUUUUCGAUAGUUCCUCCUCCGAGUCAGAAAAUUUUACCGUGCUAAUGAGAGAAGUUCCUAAGUCUAGCUCGGAGAAAAGUAACUCUGUCGAGAGUCUGAUCACCGUUGAAGAUCAAAUAGAAAAGACGUUGCAGGCUAUAAGAGCCGAAUUAUCGAAUUAUGAGUCUGACGAAUUAGAGGAAAAUGAAGAUUUGAAACCCGACGAGAGAGAUGCGAAAAAAGGGGGAAAUAUAGAAAAUGAUGAUUCGUCGUCUCUGAGCGACGAAAUAUUUGAGGAAGCAAUAUCUGAUGUGGAAGGGUCCAUUGAUAUUAAUAUCGCUAAGAUGAACAAAAUAGAAAUUAUUCAAAGUGACAUUAAAAUAAACACUUCGGAAGAUUCGUCGAUCGUAUCGAAGAGUCGCGAUGAAAAAACGACGAUAGAAAGACAAAAAUCAAAAGAAUCUAAUAAUAAGAUAACGAGAAAUAAAAUGAAAUAUAAUUUGAUUAACGACGAUGCAAAUAAAAAUAGUGCGAGUAACGUCAAUGAAAUAUUAAAGAAAAAUACGGGUAAGAUCGCGAAAUUAGAGAAAAAGAAUUUACAUGAUGGCAAUACGAAAGACGUGAAAAUAAUACAAAGCGUUAAAGCGUUACGAGAGGUCGAGACGAAUGAUAAAAAUAAGAGAAAAAAAGAUAAGGAAGAUUCACGAGUUACGCAGAGUAAAAGAUUUUCUUUAGUAGCCAGUUGUAUACGUCGAUUCGAGGGUGAAGAUAAAACAGAAAGGAAACGUAAUGAAGUUGAAAAUGUCAACGCUACGAGAAGAGAGGGAUCUCCCAAAACGGAAAGGGAGAGAACGGCACGUAGAUUGUUAGCUGAGGGACGUGCAUCGAAUUACGAGGAGGCUGAAGUAGCUGCCAGUUUAUUAGCUCUCAAAUUCGGAGAUGCAGAAGCUAUUCAUGCCGCUAAGGAAUGUGGUAGUGUCGAGUCGGCUCUUGCAUUUUUACAACAAGAAUGCGAACUUUGUACCGGACGUUAUGCGAUGAGUCAGAUGAUAUCCCUGUUGAAAUGUACACAUCGCUGUUGUAACGAGUGUGCCAAAAAUUAUUUCACCAUUCAGAUAAGCGAUAGAAAUAUAAUAGACGCUGUAUGUCCGUUUUGCAAAGAACCUAAUCUGAGGGAUGCGAACGAAGACGACGUUCUAGAAUAUUUUAGUAAUCUAGACAUUCAAUUAAAAUCACUUUUAGAUCCUCCUAUUCACGAACUCUUUCAGAGAAAGCUAAGAGAUCGUACUCUUAUGCAAGAUCCUAAUUUUAAAUGGUGCAUUCAGUGCUCGAGUGGCUUUUAUGCGGACCCAGAACACAAGAGACUGAUCUGUCCUGACUGCAGAUCUAUAACGUGUGCCUUUUGUCGGAAACCUUGGGAGAAACAACACGAAGGUAUAACUUGCGAACAAUUCGCAGCUUGGAAAGAUGAAAAUGAUCCAGAUAAUCAAGCGGCUGGUUUAGCGAAACAUUUGGCCGAUAAUGGUAUUGAUUGUCCCAAAUGUAAAUUUCGAUAUUCUUUAUCUCGAGGAGGUUGCAUGCAUUUUACCUGCAGUCAAUGCAAAUUUGAAUUUUGUUGUGGUUGCGGUAAAGCUUUUUUUAUGGGUGCUAAAUGCUCGAUUAGUCCCUACUGCGCAAAAUUAGGCCUUCACGCUCAUCAUCCGCGCAAUUGCCUCUUCUAUCUUCGCGACAAGGAACCCGCACAAUUACAACAAUUACUUAAAGAGAACGGCAUUGAGUACGAUACGGAAGGGCCAAUAGGUGAAAGGAAAUGUAAAGUUCAAUUGCAAAAGGAAACCCCAGCGGGUGUUGUCGAUGCAAUUUGCAAUUCGGACGUCGUCGAGGGACAAGCUGGUUUAUGCAGGCAGCACUACAUUGAAUACUUGGCGGGCCUGGUACUCAAAAGCAAGCUGGACCCUGUGGCCAUCUUUGACUUGAACGAUGCCAAGCAAGAGUUGCGCCGACGGGGAAAAGUUCCCCCUGCGAAGGACCAGGAAAUGUCCGAGCGGGAUUAUCUCCAGGCGUGUAUUCAGAUUGUACAAAAGGAAAUUCCACUGGAAUAGUAGGAAAUAAACACGUGAGAAACCUUCAAGAUUCUAUAAAAAAAAAAAAAAAAAAAAAAAAAAAAUCUACGUUCCACGUAUUUUAAUGCGGUACUUAUUUAUUUUAUCAGUACCCAUCGUAUGUAGGAAGCAAUUCAAAGCUUAAUAAAUUACUAUGUAGGCAAUGAGCCUAAAUCGUUUAGUACAAUAGGAUGAUACACUUUUUAAUUUUUGUUUUAUACGAGCUCUUUUAAAAAAUUUGUCAAACUCUUUCUAUUAGGUGGCGUCAUACCUUGAUUUACAAUAUCUUUCAUUUUAUUUAUAUUUAAUUUCUUUAUCUUUGGUGUUUUUAAAUUCUUAGUUUUAAACUGACUGGUGUUACUCUUUAAAGGAAUUUUCUUACUUUCGUUCGAUUGUAAUUCUGGAACAAGGUUUCCAGAAAUAUUUAAUCCAACCGUUUUGUCUUUUCCCUUUUUCUUCUUUUUUUUCUGUAGAAUUUUAGAUUUCUCUAACGUAUUAUCAAAGGUUUCAACUUUUCUCUUUGGUUUAUUCAUUUGUAUUUCUGUUCGAUGUAAACAAACAGAACAUUU